CACACCAUAUGUGCACGUUAAUUAUAAGUACGAUAAUCACGAAAAAUAUAGGAAUGAUUAUUUUACACGAUGAAACUUAUUAUAAAGAAAGAAGACCACAACCGGAUUUGGGCCCGGUUAAAAAUAUUUUAAGAUUUAUUUGGAAUAAUGAAAAAAAGACACUUUUCGACAGAACUGUAAAAGAGUGGGGUGAAGUGGUCAUCUUUUAUAUUUUCUUUUUUGGUAUUCUCGGUUUAAUAUUUGCAUUGCAAAUGCACUUGAGCCUUUCAUAUAUAAAGGAUUUAAAAAAACCGUUCUUUACGUACAGUGGUUUGCUCAAUGUUAAAAGUAUUUUAGAAGAUCUUCGUUUAUUACCGACAUCGUUGAUUAUCGAAAAUCCAGGAAUCGGUUACAAACCGAACAUUCCAUUACCGCUUACUUCGCCGAUCAUUUGGAUAAGCGAAACUAAUAAAAAUGCUCGAUCGAAACGAUACGUUCAAGCUUUAACGGACUUUCUAAAAGAUUACACGAUGAAUAGCUCGCAACGAGAAUUAAAAUGCAGUGAGGGUCAAUUGAGACCAUAUAGUAAAUUAAAGCCCUGUUUCUUCGAUGUAAAAAGUCUCGGUUCUUGCGGAAAAGCCCCUUAUGGAUAUACAAUACCAAUUCAGCCCUGUGUUCUAAUUAAAUUCAAUAAAAGACUUGGUUGGAUUCCGCGUUAUUAUAAUCGAUCCUCUAUAUUACCACAUAAUAUGCCAAAUUUUUUGAAAAGGAUCAUCAAGAAAUCGGAUAAAGCCUAUAUUUGGUUAUCUUGCAAUGGAGCAGACAAUAUAGACAAGGAACAUAUUGGAAAAAUUGAAUACAUUCCUAAUCCUGGCUUCCCCAUUGAAUAUUUUCCGUUUAGUGGGCAAAAGGACUAUGUAUCUCCUGUUGUUGCUAUAAAAUUUAAAAAUCUUACACCAAAUAGACUUUUGACGGUACAAUGUAUAAUAUGGACCUCUAAUGUAAUAGAACAUACCAGUUAUUAUAUGGAUUUUCAGAUAAUUAUUGAAAAAUGAUCGAUCUAACUGCAGACAUUAUACACGGGAUCAGCUCAAAGUAAACGCCUAGCAAGAAAUAGAAUGAAUGUAAUAAGACUUAUGUUUAUUAUGCGAUUAUAAAAGUUAAUUUCUUUUUUAUUUCUUAUA